UCUGUCUUGACGGGCAUAAUCAACGUCUACUUUAACAAGCCAAAGGGUCUGCUCAACGCCAUUCACCUACAACAGAGACUUGAGACGCUGGCAAUUCCAGGAAUGGAGCAUGCGGAGCGCUAUCGCCAGAUCUGUAUGAGGCUAAUGAAUGAGAUAAAUGAGAUAACUGAGAAGGUGCACGAGCACAUUGAGAAUCCUCCACUGGAGAGAAAUAUGCCCUACUUUGCAGGCAGGAUAGCAUGGGCCAGAAAUUACUACCGUCGACUGGAGGAACCCAUGAAUGUAAUCUGCCAAAUGGCGGCCAAGAUCCUGCUGUCACCGGAGGGUCAAGAGCUCGUCAGCAGCUAUAAUGAUGUGGCGGGUCAUUUAGUGGCCUAUGAGAUCACCAUUCUGAAAAAGAUGAACGGACUCUCCGCCUCGCUGCUUACCUUCUCAGACCUGCCACAGCCAUUUGGUCGCCCGUAUGUAAACCUGGACCCCGAAAUCAUUGGCCUUCUUCGGGAGAUUGCCUGCCUGGACAAACUCCAGUGUCCUAUUCCGCCCCUGGCAGUGGAACUGUGGGCUCAAACAGACAAUAUCCGUCACAAUUACGAAAACCUGAAGUAUAUGUGCAUCCAGUAUGCCGAGGCAAUGGACGCGGUGCCGGCAUUCUGUAAGGUCAUGGUGGCUCCUACCCUCAUGAGCCUUAAUCGUACCCUCGAGCCAGGUAUGUACUUACACAACUGGCUCAGCAUUGGUGUGCCGAAAUACGUCCAGAGUGUCUUGGAUGAGAUAGACAGAUUCAAAGACCUGAUUAGACAAAUCAUUGACAUUCGCAAUAACCGGAUCGACAAGGUUAUCGGCGACCUGGGUCUCACCAAAAUGCUAGAUCUGCCGGGCCCGAAUGAUCCCUGUCCAGAAAUCAUGGACCUGGUGAGACUGACGAAACAGCAGACAACUGCGGCUACGGAGGGCAUGAACAAUCUCACUACUGCAGCCUUAAAGGCCACGGUGGAAAUGCUGAAUCUCCUGUUGCGUGACUACGAUCAAAACUCGGCGACUUCUGUGGGAUACGAACCCACUGCCAAAGCUAUAGCCAGCAGAGCUGCAAGAAGCCACCGGGAGCCGUAA